UUAUUAGCUCAGGAAUCCCACCCACCUUAACCAGUCCACUUCGAAACCCCAAAGCCAAAUCCAUGGAGCUCCGAUCAAUCCUUCUUCAACCACAAUUCCUCCCUAAUCCACCAAUUCCCUCAUUUUGUCUCAAUCUUGGACUUCAAUUCCCUCCUCCUCCUCCUCCGCCGCCGCCCUCGCUCCGCCGCACCUUGCCGCCGAUCCGGGCUUCGCGGAGCGCGCCGCGAAAUUCUCCCGUUUCGGCACCCUGGCCUCGCCGCAGCCCUUAAAAAUUCCGGCGAAAUUCCCGGAUCCGGCGUAGAAUCCUCCGUCUCCGACCCGUUUCCGGCGAAGAUGAAUUCCCGGAAAAGAAAGGGGAUUUCCAGAGGCAAGAGAAAAGACAACAGAUCGAAUUCGGCAAAGGUUCGAAUUCAACUCUCAUUUUAUCAAUUAAUCAAUCAAAUUCAAAGAUUCAAUUUUUUCGGGAAGCCGCCGAUGACGGGAGCUCAAAGCGAUCGAAGCAAUCGGAAAACAGCGAAAACGAGGAAGAAUGUAAUAAAUCCGACCAAAAGCCGUCGGAGCCGCCGAAGGAUUACAUUCAUGUCCGAGCCAGAAGAGGCCAAGCCACUGGCAGCCAUAGCUUAGCAGAAAGAGUGAAAAAAAAACACCCUUUUUUCUUCUAUUUUUAUCUCAUAUUUCAUGAUUUUGAAUUUUAAUUGUGUCUAAUUUAUUAGGUUAGGAGAGAGAAAAUUGUUGAGAGAAUGAAGCUUCUUCAAGAUCUGGUACCAGGUUGCAAUAAGUUCUUGUCUAAUAAGUUGGCAUCAGUGAAUCCAGACUUCUAUUUCAACAUGGAAAACCUUCUAUCCAAAGAUAUGUAUCAGCAUUAACUGUACUCAAUCUCCCAUAACCAGAAUGUACCACACCAGCGCUGCAAGGUACAAGCAUCUCAAGCGUGGAACCUUUCCCUCUAGAUGCUAGCUUAGGAAUCGAUGGAUUCUCUAAACAUUUACCCCAGUGAACAGAAGUCAUUUGCAAUUCAUUUGCAAGUUCAGAACAAGAAGUGAAAUGCUAUUGAGACGACAAGAAAAGAGAAGAGUCGAAAUUUGGUGGACAGAAAGGGAGCAGUGGUGUGCAAAUCUAAUCAAGAAAAAUUGAAAGUCGUCUACCAAAUUUAUCCAUCCAAAAAAUGAAGCCAUACCUACCUUUAGAAAUCAUCACAAAUAUCCUCUUGAGACUCUCUACUCAAAGCAUUGCAACUUGCAAAUGCGUUUGCAAACCAUGGCUUAAUCUCAUUGAGAGUGAUGCUUUUGUCAAGUCCCAUCUUUCUAAAUCGGCCCCUGCCCUAGCUGUUUCCAUUACCAAGUGGGAUUCAAAUUGGUUUAGUGUUUUCAAAUUGGAAGACGAGCUUGAGCCGUUCUCAAAUUGGUUCGAUAUUUAUGCCAAGCAUGGUCCAAUCACCAAGUUUGAUUUUCGUCUAGAAUCAACAAUACAAUGUUCUGCCAAUGGUCUGCUUCUUUUAAAAAAUGCUUGCAUGGAUGAUCAUCUCUAUGUAUGUAAUCCCAUCACCCGUGAAUUUGUUGAGCUUCGUGGGCUUGUUACUCGGAAGGGAGAUCGUUUUGGAUUUGGUGUGAGCAAAAUCAGUGGACAACAUAAAGUUGUCUGUCAUAGCCAUGAAUCUGGAAUUCAUGUGUACACUCUUAAAGCGAGAUCUAUGUGGAGAGUCGUCGAAGCCGCCCCCCCUUUUUCUGAUUACUGCGACUCCUCCAUUUGUGGUGCAUUUUUUAGUGGCAAUCUCCAUUGGUUAGUUAAAAGUAAGACGGGGGAUAUUCAUAUUUGUUGUUUUGAUCUUGAAACUGAACGUUUUAACACCUUUCUUGCGCCUCCUACUAAUGUCACAUUUACAAGGGGGAAGUUGUAUGGUUUGGGGGAUUGCCUAUGUAUUCAUAAUGAUACACUAGGUAAUAAUCUGAUAUGGUUGUUGAAUGAAUAUGAACAACUUGAAAACUUUUGGACGACUAUACAACUCAUUGGGGAAGAGCAUUGUAAUCAUUAUGAUUACAGAAAGUGUAGUCAACCUAUCAAAAUUUACAGAAAUGGCGGCAUAUUGAUGUUACACGAUAGAUGCUUUUUUUACUAUUCCAAGGAGAAGAGAAAUGUUAUAGGAAUUGAUUUGAUUGGGGAAAUAGAUGGUGAUUGUUUAUAUUUCAGCUCUAUUCUUUUCACUCCAAGUUUUCUUUCACCUAAAAGAAAUUUGGGUAUGGAGAAUGCAAAAUCACUUAGUAAAAAGAAACUGGGUAUUAGAAUGUAAUCUCAUUUUAGUUUAGUUUCUACUAUAUUUCUUUUUUCGUACUUUCUUAUCAUACAUGGGUUGUAAUUUACUUAUGUUCAUUAUUAUUUAUACCAUUUACGUAUUGUUCAUUA